AUGCAGGGAUUUAGGAAGGUUAAUCCAGACCAUUGGGAGUUUGCUAAUGAUGGUUUCUUGAGGGGGCAAAAGCAUCUCUUGAAGAAAAUUAGGAGGAGAAAGACAAGUAAUAAUAAUUUCUAUCCAGUUGGCAAUUGCAAUAAGGCUUCAAACCAAGGUAUGGAGUACUCUUCAUGUGUUGAGUUGGGGAGGUUUGGAUUAGAUGGAGAAAUUGAUCGAUUGAGGCGCGACAAGCAGGUUCUAAUGAUGGAACUUGUUAAUCUUAGACAGCAGCAGCAGGCUAAUAAAUCAUACCUUAAAUCAAUGGAAGAAAAGCUUAAAGGGACAGAAAUGAAGCAAGCAGCAGAUGAUGAAACUGGAGGAAGAUCAGAUGACUAUGUUGAUCAGAAAGCACAUACAGAAAGUGGAGAUAAAGCAAUUAAUGAAGGAUUUUGGGAGGACUUGUUGAAUGAAAAUAUUGGUAUAGAAGAAGAGGAUGAAGAAGAUAUGGAUGUUUCAUCUGAAUUCCUUGGCUGA